AUUUCAUCUGAUAUGGAUCACAAUGCAGCUCUGACGACAUGCAGUACCUCGGCCAUUCCGAGACUUGCGAGAUUGGCGACUGAACGAAUUGCUGAGCUCAUCGAAAAUGAUGCUCUGCCAGAGUUUGAUCACAAGGUAAUCGCCUCAUGCAGCAACGAUAUUUUUGAAGUUCUUCGCCAAAAAAAGAAACUCAAUCAUCAAACUUUGCAAACGAUGUGCAGUACCUCACGAUUCCAAAUCAAUAAAAUUGAUUUGAUGGGCAACAAGGUUGAGUUGCAAGAUUUGGAGCUUUGUUCGAACCAGAACCUGGUUUCAUUCCGACUUGGCGAUAUUGAUUACUUUCCAAAUACGAACAAAAUUCAAGUGGCUGACGUGCUUGAUACGGCACUCAACCGAACUUCACGACAACAGCUUCGACAUCUUGAUCUGAGUGGACGACACAGAAUCACUUCAAAUUGGCCGACGUAUGUAGCGAGAAAACUUCCUCGUCUGGAAAGUCUUGCUUUCGCUAACAGAAGCACUGCCAACGAAACUUUGUCACAAAUUGGAGCGAGUUUGUUGAAUCUUCGGUUCCUGGACAUUUCGAGCACCUGUGUCACGGAUAUUUCUUGCAUUUCAAGUCUUCGAAAUCUCGAAGUCCUCAUUAUGUACAACCUGAACAUUUUGAAAGGGGAUGUCACAGAGACAUUGUCUAAUUUGACAAAAUUGCGUGUAUUAGACAUUUCAAGAAAAGUCAACACAGACUAUUUACAAGAAACGUCACAGGAUGCUCAUCUCGAUUUGGCUCUUGGUAUCUACAACAGAUCUGUGGAAGCAAUUGAGAGCGGGACAGCUACGCCUUGGGCGGAGCUAAGAGCAAUUGAUAUGUCUGGUUUGAGCAUUGUUCAAUUUGGUACCGAUCGAGCACUGGCAUUUGUUGAGAAGAUUAUUGAGGCGCAUCCGAAAUUAGAGCAAAUUAGCUUACUUGCAACUCCACUCGACUCGUCACUCAUUGAGAUUCCAAACAGAAAUUUGCAAGUGAUCAACACAGUCUCGAGAAGAUCUAUCAUUUUUGCAUUGUCCCAUUAUGCAAAUCUGGACAGGCCUGCAUUCAUCACUCAUGCUCUCCAUUCUGUGUAUUACCAGUUACAGUCCGGCUACGACAAGUUUUCACAGGAGGAGUUGAAAGAGUGUUUACGGCUUGUGUGUAUCUCGAUGCAGCAGGGGCUCAACACUUUGCCAGUGCAGAUUGCGGGUAGUGCUUGUCUCUAUCAUCUUUGCAAAAUGAAGCGAAUCAAGAGAUUAUCAGUAAAAGAAGUCAACAAUUGCAUUGAACGGUCACUUGACGCAGCAGAGCAGUAUAGAAGCAUGACGCAGCUGCAGAAGAACGUCUGGCUUACAAUUUGUAAUGAUUAUCUUCUUCAUUUGGAUGAAAUUGAUUUCUACCGUACCUGCAAAGUUGCUCUCGACACGAUGCUUUUGAAUCGUGAUGCCAGCGUUGAGAGAAUGACUAUUGCAAUUGUGUCGAUUGUGACUCCAAAGAUGCGACCAUCAGAAGCAAAGAUUCUAACAACUGAAACCAAAUAUGUAUACCAUCUUGUCAAAAUCAUGAAUGAUUAUCUGGAGGCAUAUACUCGUGAACAUCGAGUUGGACACGAACGAGACAAUGAAAAUGCACUGUAUACUCUGAAGUUCACCCUGAGUGCACUCUGGAAUCUAACAGACGAAUGCCCGGCUACAUGCAAAGCAUUUUUGGAUGCUGGAGGUGUUCAGAUUGCGUUCAGAAUUCUCAAAGCUUUUGAUUAUCAUGGAAAUGUGCAGACGAAGGUUCUUGGCAUCCUCAACAACUUGGCCGAAGUGGAAGAAUUGCAUUUGGGACAGCUUUGCAAAAACGAGUAUAUUUCUGUUCUUAUUUCUUGUCUUGACGGAUCAUUCAACGAAGUAGAUUCGAAAGGACGGUAUCGUGAAGUUGAACGAUCUUAUUUCGCUGCUGGAAUUCUCGCUAAUCUUCUGACCAACACUGAUGGUUGGGAGAGUGAAAAUCAACGUGACGAAGCUUGCGAAAAGCUCUUGGAGCUUAUUGAGCAGUAUCCCACACUUCCAUCGGCAAUGGUCUCCUACAAAUCUUUCAUUCCAUUCAGUCGUAUUGUUAGAGAGUCAAAUUCGAAUGGGGCCAUCAUGUGGUGUUUGUGGGGAGUUCAUCACGUUCUUCAACAUCGCGAGAAGAACAAAGCGCCUACGUAUGAGAAAGGAUACAUCGAAAUGUUUAUGGAUUCCGGGCUUUCUCCAAUCGUCGAGGAUAUGUCCCAUGGACACUCGAAACACAUUCACAAUCUGGAUAUUCGUGUGGUUCAUCUCGCACGAGAAAUCAUUGACAUUGUCUCAUGCCAUUCACUAUCUUCCAGCCCAGUUCGAUUAGUCCGUCGAGUUUAGUCAUUUUUUUGUUUAUUUUUUUUAUUAUUAUUUUUGUUUAGCUUUCCCAUUUUCAAAGUCCCCAUCUACAGGUAUAUCAAAUUGAAACAAGUUAUAUUUAUACGGGUUGAUAUUUUUAUCCGUUUCACCCAUAGCAAUUAGAUUGCAUUAAAAACUAAAUUAGAUGUUUGGUUUCACUAUUUUUCACUUCUCCCUGUAAUAUGUUGAACUGUGAAUGUGAUUACUUCUGUGGAUAUUUCAUCGGUUGUUUCCAUUUCUUUUUCUGUACCCAUCCCUACUCACAAAUUUGCUCGUCCCACUUUCUUUCGCGGGUAUUUUUUCGGGAGUACCAUUUCCUCCUUUAUGUUUGAAAUAGUUGUAUAUUUUCAGAUUCUAUUGUGAAUGAAAACGUUGAAGCUCUGAAA